GACGCACCACGUUUCCCCGAGUGUCGUCUGCAAAUGCUCGGGAGUCGGUCGAUACGGGAGUGCUGUCUACUCCCUCACACUGAUAAGCCUUCACCGUUAGUGCGAAGGCUCUCCACAACCUGCAGGCGUACAGAUAAAUCCGGUACACUGAUAAUCGUGCAGAAAUUGCAAUCGUACAAACGUGGCGUAACCGAGAGCGGCGUGUGGUGUGUCUUGAGUGCGCAGUGAGGUGGCAGACGAGCUGCUUAGGGGAGCAGCCAGACUGCCUUACCACGCGGUGCCUUCUGAACAUUGCUAAAUAUAUCUCAUUUGCCGUCUAGAUACUGUCAAGAAGGUAUACCGACAGGGAACGUUCAUGAACCUGAGUGGAGGAAAGAAAAGUCCAGUAGUGAAUGAAUCAAAAUUUUGUCAAUUUGCAGUGAACAGAAUUUCAAGACUGGUUGGUUGGGAGUGAUAGAUAAUGAUUAAACUUUGGUUGAAUAAGUAUUCGGUGGAUUAUUUGAUCAUGUAUAUCGAAUACAAGUCGAUAUCAGUUUUGUAAACAUGAGUGCAGCGAGUGUGGAAGUGUCGGGUAAGCACGUGGAGAGCGGGGUGAGCGAGUGCACGAUUGUGCUGACCGCAAGGCAGAUGCAGCCAGUGCGAGCUGACCAUUCCUGGGGGGCGCGACGAGUUGCAAGUGUGGACAGCAGCGACGACGGCGGGGGUGCAGGGGCGGCAGGGGGCGUGCGUUCAUGAUACUGCUGGGGACGCACGCCACAUCUUCACUGGGGAGCAAGCCUUUGUACUCCCAUCUGCAGCAGCUGUAGAUUUUCAUGCACAUGGCCGGGUCACCUGCCCAAUGCUGAUGGAGUGCUGACCCGUGGAGUGUCGCGGGUCGGCCACACAGGCUCCGGCGCCCGCCGCCAGGCCCGGUCACGGUCUGGGUCACGGAGCCCCCCAGGGCACGGGUCUCCCCAGCGGGACCACCUUCACCCGGGCGUGAGAUAGCGACACGCUGCCCACACUCACCAUAGACUUGCUUACCCUAGAUGAACUAUUGACUCGAAAGAGCUCUUGUCUCUUUAAGUACUCGAGGAUAUCUGAACUGCAAAUUUUUGAAGUUAAAAGAGUAAACACGGAUGUCGACACAAACAUUUAUACCGACGUAUGAUAAGUAACGUUUCGAACUGAAGAGUCCUCGCGCGUAGUUUCAUUAGGGUGAGGACGAGGGCAGGUGCAGUGAGCGAGAAGCACCAAAACAGGCACCAUGGCGGGCGUAGCAAGUCCCCGAAGGUCCGCCCUCACGUUAUCCUUCCUGAUGGGCGGACGGCAGCAGGCCCUUCACAAGGACCAGUGUGCCACGGGCGUAUACCGCCCAACCACAACGCCCACACCUGUUGUUGAGGAACAGAGAGCGCGUCUUCUGCCUACACCAGGUGAUGGUGACGGAGGACGGCCCGCACUUCAGCAUGGCGUGGACUACAUUAAUCCUGGCCAAGAGGACCAGGCGGAGGUGUAUGGUUAUGAGAGGUCUAAGCUAAAGACUGCAGUCACUUGGAUAUUUAUAAUUGCCACAGCAGGACUUCUGCGGCUGCUUUUCCAUUGGAUCCCAGAACUCAUGCUGAAAUGCACGCAUUCCCGCUGCUCUCUCACAGCUGCUACCAAAGUGCUAAUUGUGGAAUACUUCAAAAAGUACAAGAGGAACUUUGUCAAGAACAUCCAUGAAAUUGACGCAAGCAAAGUCAGUUAUGAACGUGAGUAUCAUGUGAUACAAACUGGGACCAGUAAUGAGGAAACAGAGGAGACUGCAGGUGAUCAACCUAUGAGUGAUCUUAAUGUUCCCACAACUCUGGCAGUACCAACCCAGUCAGGGAGCAUUAGAGAUGUUCCCAGUGUGCGGAUGUUCACCUGCAAGAAAAUAAUGUAUAUCUGGGAUGCUGAGACUGAGUCCUUUUAUCGACUUCCAGGCUUAGACUCAGGGCAGACAACAGAAGACCUACACAACUGCAAAGGUUUCUUGUGGGGAGAACAAACAAGACGACGAUUUAUAUAUGGAGACAAUGUGAUCAAAGUUCCCAUUGAACCAAUUCAUCGUCUCCUCUUCUUAGAAGCACUGAACCCUUUCUAUAUCUUUCAGCUGUUCUCUGUCUGCUUAUGGUAUUCAGAUGAUUAUGUUUGGUAUGCAACGGUGAUUGUGGUAACAUCAGUAGUAUCCCUCAUCUCGGAAGUAUACCAAAUGCAUCAGAAUCAAAUUGCCCUCAGCUCUACAAUACAGUCUUCAGACAUUGUACAGGUGGUCCGUGAUAGUGAGCGUAUAGAAACCAUCCCCUCAGAGCACCUUGUUCCUGGUGACCUGAUGGUAAUACCACCACAAGGGUGUAUGAUGCAGUGUGAUGCUGUACUUCUGAAGGGGAACUGCAUUGUGAAUGAAUCUAUGCUUACUGGAGAAUCAGUCCCUGUAACUAAAACGUCAAUUGUUGAUCGGCCUGAUGUUAUGUACAGUGCAAAAGAACACAGUCGACACACCCUUUUCUGUGGAACACAAGUGAUCCAGACACGGUUUUAUGGUGGUGAACGUGUUGUUGCUGUAGUUGUACGAACAGGCUUCCUUACCAGCAAAGGCUCUUUGGUUCGAUCCAUCAUGUAUCCUCCUCCAGUUGAUUUCAAAUUCCAGCAGGACUCUUACAAAUUUGUGGGAGUUCUUGCUGGAAUUGCAUCAAUUGGUUUCAUUCAGACAGUGAUCACAAAGGCUCAGAGAGGCUUGUCUGCCAGUACAAUAGCACUUGAUGCUCUUGAUCUGAUCACCAUUGUCAUUCCACCUGCUUUGCCAAUGGCUAUGACAGUUGGGAUUUUAUAUGCCCUCCAAAGACUCAAGCAUCACAAGAUAUUCUGCAUAUCACCAAGAUCCAUCAACAUUUCUGGAGUUCUGAACUGCAUCUGCUUUGAUAAGACUGGAACACUGACAGAAGAUGGUUUAGACAUGAAAGGCGUGGUCCCUGUGUCACGCUCUUCAGGCACAGAGGCAAAGCUUUGUCAGAUGACAACUCCUGAUGUGCUUCCUCAUGAUCAUCUUCUGUAUGCAAUGGCUGCUUGUCAUUCAAUCACUAUUAUAAAUUUACAAAUGGUUGGUGACCCGUUAGAUCUGAAAAUGUUUGAGAGUACGAAAUGGGUUCUUGAUGAACCAGGUCUAGAUGAUACAAACAAGUAUGACAUGAUGAUGCCAUCAGUGGUCCGCCCAAGUGCCCCAGAUGUUGUGAUUAGUAACGAAAAUGUUGAAACAGAGCCACCGUUAGAAGUAGGUAUACUGCGUCAGUUCCCAUUUUCAUCAAGCCUUCAGCGUAUGUCUGUCAUCACUCGAAGACUUGGGGGUCAAAACUUUGACCUGUACUGCAAGGGGUCUCCAGAGAUGAUAGCUAGCUUAUCACUGCCAGAGACAGUGCCCAGCAAUUUCCAAGAGGAACUUCUCCAGUACACCUACCAAGGAUAUCGUGUCCUGGCCCUAGCAUGGAGACCCCUCAAACUUACUUAUCUCAAAGCUCAGAGGAUCAGCCGAGAUGAGGUGGAAUGUGACCUGGUAUUUCUAGGUUUGUUGGUAAUGGAAAACAGGCUGAAGAUAGAAACAAAACCUGUUAUUAAUCAACUGCAUCAGGCAAACAUCAGGACUAUAAUGGUAACAGGUGAUAACAUGUUGACAGCUCUGAGUGUGGGUCGUGAAUGUGGUUUGGUUGAUCCUAAACAACAAGUUAUCAGUAUCAAAGCCUAUCCACCACAUCAAGGUAUUCCAGCUAGCCUUACCUUUCACACUACCACCGCAAAUACCCCAGCAUCCCCAGUGGUAACUACUCAGAUGAAUGCAGGAGUCCACAUUAACUUUGAUGAAGAGGUCACAGAUAAGUACUGCUUUGCAAUUGAGGGCAAGUCAUGGGCUGUUGUCCAUGCACACUUCCCUGAUAUACUGCAGAAACUAGUUGUCCGUGGUGCUGUGUUUGCCAGGAUGAAUCCAGACCAGAAACAGCAACUUAUUCAGGAACUUCAGGCACUUGGAUAUUAUGUCGGCAUGUGUGGUGAUGGAGCCAAUGACUGUGGUGCCCUCAAGGCAGCCCAUGCUGGAAUCUCUCUCUCUGAAGCUGAAGCCUCUGUAGCUUCACCCUUCACUUCACAGGAUCCAAAUAUAUCAUGCAUACCCAUUCUCAUUAGAGAAGGUCGUUGUGCUCUCGUGACUAGCUUUGGAAUAUUCAAAUACAUGGCAGCAUAUUCACUCACCCAGUUUGUGUCCAUUAUGAUUCUUUACUCCAUUGAUAGUAACCUCACAGAUCUACAGUUUCUUUGGAUUGACCUCUUCCUUAUCACAAUUUUUGCCAUAUUCUUUGGACGCACUGAUUCAUACAAGGGACCUUUAGCACCAUACUCACCUCCGUCUGCUCUUUUGUCUGUGGCACCUAUUCUAUCUAUCCUUAUACACUUAUUAACUGUAAUUGGUUUUCAGACCUUCUGCUUUUUUUAUGUACAAGAACAGCCUUGGUUUGUACCAUUUAAUGCAACAACAUCAGAUGAAAUUUAUGCAGGCCAUGAAAACUAUGCUGUAUUUUCUGUGUCACAGUUCCAGUACAUUGUCUUGGCACUGGUUUUUUCCAGGGGUCCUCCUUUCCGGCAACAUUUCUAUAAUAAUUUCCUUUUGACUGGAUCUAUCAUUAUCAUGACAGCUUGCAGCAUUAUUUUGACAGUUAAACCACCUCAGUUCAUCAUUGACAGUUUUGAAUUGGUGCUACCACCUCCUGGUGAUCCACAGGCAGAAUUCUUUAGAUGGCAAAUGAUUCUUUUGUCUGUCUUAUACUCUGCACUGGCCAUUUUCAUUGAAUACUUUAUAAUUGACUAUCUUUGCUACAGGAAAUGUAAGAGUAAACUGCAUAAUGUAGACAAAUCUAAAAAGAAAUACCUUGCAAUAGAGAGAGACCUACAACAAGACAAGACCUGGCCACCCUUAUCUCCUGAAGUUGAUCAGUCAGGGGGAAACACAGAACUGACAUUAGAUGCAAGCAGGCUUAUCAAAGGAAGCAAGGCCAUAAAAAAGAUUGAAGCAAAUGGACAUGCAAAUGGUCCUGUGACCACAGUUACUCAGUUCCAAUCUUCUUUAUAGUAUUCACUUGAAUGUAAUAAACAUCACCUAGAAUUCCUCAAGGUUCUUAUAAGAAGAAUGAAAGAAUGUUUUGUCAUGUGUAUUUCUUUAGUGAACUACUUUUUAGGAAGAAGCCAAUAGGAUAAUCAUUUCCAUUAUUUAUCCUUAAUUUAGCAUAUCUGUAUGUAUAUGUAUUGUAUGAGGGAUACUGUAGAUUGUGUAAUCAUAGAACUAUAAACUAGAGCAAAGCUUCAAAUGGAACUUGAAUCUUAUAUUGGUUCUUAUAUGGUUUCUUUAAAUAUGUAGACAGUGAUAGUAAUGAUAAUCUCUGGACUGGAGAAGAAGGGAACAUGAAAUAUUUAUGUUUAGAUUGUAUGGUUGUAUGCAGAGACUAAAGGAGUGUGUUCAGUUUAAAAAUGCUUUAAUGAGAAUGGGGAUGGUGAUCAGGAUUUAUUCAGGAAAAAUAAAGAACAAAAAGUAAUGAAAUAAGUGAGAAAUAUUUGCAGGUGCUGUGCCUUGCAAAGGAAUCAUUAUUUAUUAAGUAUAAAGCGAUAGUAUCUGUGUGUCUUAUUAAAAGGAACUAGAUUCUUAAUCAGUAAUGGCAGAUUCAGAAUUUGUGUCUUGAAGUGCAUUGUUUGACUAUGAGGUAACUGUAUUCUCCAGGAAACCUGUUUUCUUUACACUGUUAUAUUUUCAAAUGGAAAUAUAUAUUUAUAUAUUUAUAUUCAGGUGACCAAUUUUGCCAAGUGAAUAGUGGGCAUGAGAAAAUGAAAGAUGUGCAGUGGACAAGAUUACCUUCCAGUGAAUUUCACCCUAAUCUGUUAAAAGAUCCCUGAAUCUGCCUGUGAUGUAUAUUGUUUUCUAAAGGUUGUGUUGUAAUAAAUUCUAUUGAAAAUGUAAAGAAGAGGAGUAGGCUAAAAUAAUAGCAUAUGAAGAUCAGUCGACUUUGAUCUAGCAUUUAGAAAUCUGGUACUAUAUAGAGAACAUUGCCCUUUGAACCAGUAGUUGCAUCUGCUAAUGGCAUAUCACAACAGAUGUUAUUCUAAACUAAUAUAUUUCAAUUAUUGCAGCUUUUGCAAUGACAGAUCAUAGUAAUUUAUAUGUAAUUUAAAUACUUUAUAAGAUAGUAAAAGAUUUUCUACACAUCAUGUAUUGAAUUUUUUUUUCAGUAUUAGAUGGUCUGUACCCCCUUAAUGAUGGGGAAACCAUAAAAAAUUCAUAAAAGAGGUUAGUGUAUGCAUAGCAGGAUAUCGUGAAUGUACUACUAGUUCUGAGUCAGAGUUGUAAAAGUAUUAUAAUGUUCUAUAAAUGCAUACAUGUAAAAAUGAUCUUUAUAUAAAAUGUUUGUAAGAGCGUGAAGUGCUUGUCAUAGAUAUAUUUUCAUAGUUACAUUUAGUAAUAGAAAAUUCAGAUGAUUGUAUGAUUAUAGUGAUAGGGAUCAUGUGACUGGCAUUGAAGUCAAGGGAUUCCAUGUGUAUAGGAGAUUCAGAUCCUGUUAUCCAUUUGUUACUGGAAGUAUCAACAAGUUUAUUCUCCGGAUAAACUGAUUAUUCCACUGGAUAUUGCAUCGCCAUAAGUGUUGUCAUUCUGCCAGUAGUUUGAUUGUUUUUUUCUUCUUCAUCUUUGAGAAGAUUUACUUUAAUUUACUUCUUAUUAUUUAUUAAGAAAUGAAGUGAAACCAUGGUCUUCUCUAACAUUUAGGAACCUACAGUCUACCUUGAUUUGUUUACAAUUACCAAAAGUGUUUUCAUAUCAAAUAUAAUUGUGCCUGUGAAUUAUUGUUGGAGUAUAUCAGUGAUGGGAUGAAGAUAUGAUAUUUAUAAGGCACAAAAUGACCUGACUGGAAGGUUAAAGCAUUUUUGAUAUUUAUUUACCACUGUUUUUGUAUGAUAUGAAUCUUAGACCCUCUAAUCUAAUCAUGAGAAAAUAUGUGAAUAUGAUAUGCCCUUCAUUUAUUGCUUUAAGUUUCAUAGCAGUAUUCUGGAGUAUCACCUUUGAGUGUUACUAAUAUUCAUUCUAACAUUUUGGUCUGUGCAGUGAUUGUUGCUGGCAAGAACACAUACUGACUCUUUUUCCUUUUCUUGUGGCAUGCCUACCACAAAAUAAUGAUACAAACUAUACCAUUAAAAAUAGUAUUCUAUAAACAUAUCUCUACAUAAGGCCAAAAUGUGAAAUCCAAGGCUGUCACUCCAUUUGUAUUAGAUCAAGUUUUCCAAUAAUGUUUCUUCCAAGUCUGUGUCAUGGUGUAAUGUAUGUGUCUAGCAUCAUUCUAGCAUAUAACCUGUAAUUAUGUUUUACAAUUAAUUUCAGAGAGAAUGGUUAUUCAGUUGUACACUAAAUGGUUUACAGGACCAUUUAGGGCAUUUAGACAAGUUUUACAUAUUUUGAAUGUAAUAACAAUAAAAAUAUUAAUUAUAAGAGACUAAGAGUAAAACCACAGCUCAUAAAUUUUCCUGAAAUAGCAAAAAUCAUUUCUAGUGAAUCUGUAGCAAGCAUUGUACUUAUUUUUCCAUUAAUGUUGCAAAGAUUUUGCUUUUUCUGUGUCAGCAUACAGUGAUAUCAACUGAUAUUUUUUGAGCAUAGAAUUAUUUCUGCUAUGCUAGGCAGAUGCAAUGAGGAACUCUUUUAGCAUUUAUUUGAAAAUUUAAUAGAUAUAGUAUUGUUAUUAAAACUACUGUAAAAUUAGUAUUAUUUGGAGUUCAUACUGUACAUACAGCUUCAGCAGAAUAUUGAUGGUACAUUUAUGAGUUAGCAUUUGUUUAAUACAGUAUUUCUCUUGCCUUUAUUCCUAUUUCUUAAUAAUUUGAACAGGAAAUGUUUGGUUAAAUAUUUAUAGCUUUUACAUUUGUGAUUUUUAAUUCCAAAAUAGUUUGGAUUUAGGUUCCCAGUACUUACUUUUUUCUUAUUAUCUUUUUAAUACUUGUUAGUGACCUACAGGAAUGCAUGCAGGAUUCAUGUUUUCUUGCUGCUGUACCGAAAUAAAAAAGAGAGGAGC